AUGGAGAUGGAGAGUAAAACACAGCAGUCAAAAUUUAGGAGGAUUUGUGUGUUUUGUGGGAGUAGCCAAGGCAAGAAGGGUAGCUAUCAGGAUGCUGCUAUUGAGCUUGGUAGAGAAUUGGUAUCAAGGAACAUUGAUCUGGUCUAUGGAGGAGGUAGCAUAGGUUUAAUGGGUUUGGUUUCACAAGCUGUUCACAAUGGUGGUCGCCAUGUAAUUGGAGUUAUUCCCAAGACGCUCAUGCCUCGAGAGUUAACUGGUGAAACAGUGGGGGAAGUGAAGGCUGUUGCAGAUAUGCAUCAAAGGAAGGCGGAGAUGGCCAAGCAUUCAGAUGGUUUUAUUGCCUUACCAGGUGGUUAUGGAACUCUUGAAGAACUGCUUGAAGUCAUCACCUGGGCGCAGCUUGGUAUACAUGAUAAACCAGUUGGAUUGCUGAAUGUUGAUGGAUACUAUAACUCGUUGCUUUCAUUUAUUGAUAAAGCCGUGGAAGAAGGAUUUAUUAGCCCGAAUGCACGCCAAAUCAUUGUAUGUGCGCCCACGGCCAAGGAGUUAGUAAAGAAAUUGGAGGAAUAUGUCCCCUGCCAUGAAAGAGUUGCUUCAAAUUGAGUUGGGAGAUGGAGCAGCUUGGACUGGAUGAAGGAGAAGGUAG